GGCCGGGGAUCUAGACUCCGGCCGGGGAGGGCAGGGCCCGGAGGCUCACGGCCGCUGCUCGCCGGCCGCCCCGAGUUGGGCGGUUUUGUUUUCGCCUUGGCGUUGUGCAGAAUCAAAGCGCACUAAGAUGUCCACUAGGACCCCUCUGCCAACGGUGAAUGAACGAGACACUGAAAACCACACUUCACAUGGAGACGGGAGGCAAGAAGUCACCUCCCGAACCGGGCGCUCUGGAGCUCGGUGUAGAAACUCAAUAGCUUCCUGUGCAGAUGAACAGCCUCACAUCGGAAACUACAGACUGUUGAAGACAAUCGGCAAGGGGAACUUUGCAAAAGUGAAAUUGGCGAGACACAUCCUCACAGGCAGAGAGGUUGCAAUAAAAAUAAUUGACAAAACUCAAUUGAAUCCAACAAGUCUACAAAAGCUCUUCAGAGAAGUAAGAAUAAUGAAGAUUUUAAAUCAUCCAAACAUAGUGAAGUUGUUUGAGGUCAUUGAAACAGAAAAAACACUCUACUUAAUCAUGGAAUAUGCAAGUGGAGGUGAAGUAUUUGACUAUUUGGUUGCACAUGGAAGAAUGAAGGAAAAAGAAGCAAGAGCUAAAUUUAGACAGAUUGUUUCUGCAGUACAGUAUUGCCACCAAAAGCGAAUUGUUCACAGAGACCUCAAGGCUGAGAAUCUUUUAUUAGAUGCGGAUAUGAACAUUAAAAUAGCAGAUUUUGGUUUUAGCAAUGAAUUCACUGUCGGCAGUAAACUAGAUACAUUUUGUGGCAGUCCUCCGUAUGCAGCCCCUGAGCUCUUCCAGGGCAAGAAGUAUGAUGGGCCAGAAGUGGACGUGUGGAGUCUCGGCGUCAUUCUGUACACCUUAGUCAGUGGGUCACUUCCCUUCGACGGUCAGAACCUGAAGGAACUGAGAGAGAGAGUACUACGAGGGAAAUACAGAAUCCCUUUCUACAUGUCCACUGACUGUGAAAACCUUCUCAAACGCUUCCUGGUGCUGAACCCAGUUAAACGUGGCACUCUCGAGCAAAUCAUGAAGGACAGGUGGAUCAAUUCAGGUCAUGAGGAAGAUGAGCUCAAGCCAUUUGUUGAACCAGAACUAGACAUCUCAGACCAGAAGAGAAUAGAUAUUAUGGUGGGAAUGGGAUAUUCCCAAGAAGAAAUUCAAGAAUCUCUUAGUAAAAUGAAAUAUGAUGAAAUCACAGCUACAUACUUGUUAUUGGGGAGAAAGUCUUCAGAGCUGGACGCUAGUGACUCCAGUUCUAGCAGCAACCUUUCACUUGCUAAGGUGCGGCCCAGCAGUGACCUCAGCAACAGCACUGGCCAGUCUCCUCAUCACAAAGUGCAGAGAAGUGUGUCUUCCAGUCAGAAGCAGAGGCGGUACAGUGACCAUGCUGGACCAGCUCUCCCUUCGGUUGUGGCAUAUCCAAAGAGGAGCCAGACCAGCACUGCGGAUAGUGACCUCAAAGAAGAUGGAAUUCCCUCCCGGAAGUCCAGCGGCGCUGCUGCAGGCGGAAAGGGGAUUGCCCCUGCCAGUCCCAUGCUUGGGAAUGCAAGCAAUCCCAAUAAAGCGGAUAUUCCUGAGCGCAAGAAAAGCCCUGCUGUCCCCAGUAGUAAUGCAGCAUCUGGUGGAAUGACACGACGAAACACCUACGUUUGCAGUGAGAGGUCUGCAACGGACAGACACUCAGUCAUUCAGAAUGGCAAAGAAAACAGCCUGACAGAAGUGUUCGCUUACGCAGCUAGCCCUGCCUCACUCUGUGCCACAUCUACCUGUCGGCUGAGACAUCAGAAGUCGAUGUCCAUGUCAGCCUCUGGGCACCCCAAGAUGAUGUUACCUCCAAUAGACAGUGAAGGAGAUAACUUCAAGGCUAUCACUAUUCCAGAUCAGAGAACUCCAGUCGCUUCUACCCACAGUAUUAGCAGUGCGACCACUCCAGACCGCAUUCGCUUCCCAAGAGGCACGGCCAGCCGUAGCACUUUCCACGGCCAGCCUCGGGAGCGGAGAACCGCAACGUAUAAUGGCCCACCUGCCUCACCCAGCUUGUCCCACGAAGCCACACCACUGUCCCAGACUCGAAGCCGAGGUUCCACUAAUCUUUUUAGUAAAUUAACUUCAAAACUCACAAGGAGAAACAUGUCAUUCAGGUUUAUCAAAAGACUUCCAACUGAAUAUGAGAGGAACGGGAGAUAUGAGGGCUCAAGUCGCAAUGUAUCUUCGGAACAAAAGGAUGAAAACAAAGAGGCAAAACCUCGUUCACUGCGCUUCACCUGGAGCAUGAAAACCACUAGUUCCAUGGACCCCAGUGAUAUGAUGCGGGAGAUCCGCAAAGUGCUGGACGCCAAUAACUGCGACUAUGAGCAGAGGGAGCGCUUCCUGCUCUUCUGUGUCCAUGGCGACGGGCACGCGGAGAACCUGGUGCAGUGGGAAAUGGAAGUCUGUAAGCUGCCAAGACUGUCUCUGAAUGGGGUCCGGUUUAAACGGAUAUCAGGGACAUCCAUAGCUUUCAAAAAUAUUGCUUCCAAAAUUGCCAAUGAGCUAAAGCUGUAACCCAGUAAUUAUGGUGUAAAUUAAGUAGCAAUUUAAGGUGUUUUCCAGAACACUGAUGGAAAUGUAUAGAGUAAUAUUUAGGCAAUAACGUCUGCAUCUUCUAAAUCAUGACAUGAAGUCUGAGGACGGGAGCACGCCUGGGAGCGGAGGCUGGCCUUUUCUACGAAUGCACUACAUUAAAGUCUGUGACCCGUGCCUCUGUCUUGUGUCCAUUGCCCUGGGAGUCGAGUGCCGCACCAUCUGCACGUGACUCCUGUGUGUGGUGUGAGUGACGGUGUGUGUGGGAAGCACUGCAUUGCAAACAUCUCCUUACACUGGCAGCCAGCAUUACUAGUACCUCUGUGGGAGAUCCUUUGGUGCUAAAACAUUACAAUUGCCAAGAAGGAAAAGACUGAAUUACUGCUAAGAAUUAACCUUAAAACUAGUUGAUAAUUAAUACAGGUUUACAGUUCAUGCCUGUGGUUUUGUGUUUGUUUUGUGUUUUUUUGGUUUUUGUUUUGUUUUUUAGUGCAAAAGGUUUAAAUUUAUAGUUGUGAACAUUGCUUGUGUGUGUUUUUCUAAGUAGAUUCACAAGAUAAUUAAAAAUUCACUUUUUCUCAGUAAA